AUGUCAGCUAAAAGAUACAGCAAUCCAAACUUCCAUCCUCGAAACGGUAAUCUGCCAAGCCAAAGACAGCAAUCUAACUUCAGAGCAUCCCCGCCUCGCUCCUCAACCCAAUCUUAUACCAAUCGCACUCCAUCAUCUUAUGGCGGUAGUGACCCAUCUUCUCAUCAAACCUCGUCAAGAGGAGGAUUCCGUCCACCACCUUCUCAGCCUAUCUCAAACCCUUCUUUCAGCUCAGAUACCAAUCCCAGUGCUUCUUUGCCUUCUUUUAAAAAAGAUUUUUAUAAAGAGAGCCCAACGGUAUCUCGCCGCUCUGAAGCCGAAAUCUCACAAUACAGAGAGAAAAUCCAAAUCUCAAUUUUUGGGAAAGAUAUCCCAAAACCUAUAACAUCCUUUGAUGAAAUCAAUCUGCCAAGGGAAAUUUUGAGUAUCUUUAAAGAAGCUGGGUUUGCAAAUCCGACGCCGAUCCAAUGCCAAAGUUGGCCUGUAGCUUUGAGUGGCAGAGAUUUGAUUGGAAUUGCUAUAAUUAUAAAAUGGCGAUAUCUGUAGCUACCGAUUGUUGAUCCGUCAUACACAUCUAGGAAAUCAGAAGUCACUCACUCAUGAGCUGUUGAUGUGGCAGCAUCGUUAUUAAGAGUUCCGUAGAGAUCGAAGCAGGUUGGCCCAACACGUGCAAAAAUAGUGGAAGCUAUCAUGUUGGCAACCUCGUAGUGGACGUUAAGUGUUAUCCGUAUCUAAGUUAACUUAAGUGAUUGGAAUCGCCAAAACUGGCUCUGGGAAGACUGUGUCUUAUGCUUUACCUGGGAUUAUCCAUAUAUUAGGCCAACAAUCAAUACAGCCUGGCGAAGGCCCAAUUGUACUGAUUCUUUCCCCUACUCGUGAACUUGCUGUACAAAUAUCCCAAGAAUGCAGCAGAUUAGGGUCUCCUUAUCAAAUUAAUAACAUUUGCAUAUACGGAGGGUCUUCAAGAUCAUACCAACAAAGAGGAUUAAGAAAUUGUCCUCCAAUCGCCAUUGCAACCCCUGGCCGACUUCUUGAUUUUCUUGAAAGCGACGUCACUAAUUUAAAGAGAGUGACUUUUCUCGUUAUUGACGAAGCCGACAGGAUGCUUGAUAUGGGAUUUGGCCCUCAGAUAAGAAAAAUAAUUUCUCAAAUCCGCCCAGACAGACAAACCUUGAUGUGGAGCGCUACUUGACCCCGAGAAGUCCAAAACCUUGCCAAUGAAUUCAUCUUCAACCCAAUCCACAUCCAAGUCGGCUCUUUAAACCUUUCUGCUAACCAUGAUAUAAAGCAAAUAAUUGAGUUUAUAAAUGAAGAACAAAAGCUAGCAUUGAUUCUAACGAUUCUUAGAGAUAUAAUGGACCAAAACUGCAAAGUCCUUGUUUUCUGUGAAACCAAAAAAGGAUGCGAAACUUUGGCGACUGAUUUAAAGCGCCAAAAUUAUGAGGCUGAAUCAAUCCAUGGAGAUAAAAUGCAAAGAGAAAGAGACCAAGUCUUGAGAGAUUUUAGAAAUAAUAAAAUCAGUAUUAUGGUGGCUACUGAUGUGGCGGCAAGAGGCUUGGAUAUAAAAGAAGUAAAUUUUGUGAUAAAUUUUGAUUUUCCUAAUGCAAUUGAAGAUUAUGUGCAUAGGAUUGGAAGAACUGCAAGGGCUGGGACGAAAGGGACUGCAAUAUCAUUUUUUACACGCAGAAAUAUGAAAUCUGCACAAGAUUUAAUGAGAAUCUUAAAAGAAUCAAAGCAGGAGAUCCCUUCAAAGUUGGCAGAAAUAACUAGCAAUGAUAGAAGAAGGGACCGGUCAACAAGCAGAGGUAGACAAAAUAGAAAUAAUUUCAGAAGCAGAAGCCCAAGAAGAGGCUAUAAUAAAAGAUAA